UCCCGUCCCGGAAGAAGGAAGAGAAUUCGCCCAGAGAGGAAAGUCUGUUGACAGCAGAAAUCCCACCCAGGCCACUGAUAAGUUUUAAUAUAUUUACUGUCUGAUUAAAUCUGUUCAACGUCGCAUUCUACUGUUUGGAGGAAGCAGGAGCGCUCAAGGUAUGGAAUAUGGCAGCAACUGAAACGCAGCUUAUGUUAAGCGUCGGACUAAUCGAGAAAGAUGUGAAUGGAGACACACUGUGGGUAUGGUGCUAUCCCUCCGUGGGCUCAGACCUGAGGCAAGUCCUGCUCAGGAAGUGCUGUCUGACACAGGACAGCAGGGAUUUCCACACCUUUGUGUUCGGUCAGUACUGUCGCACCUGGUACUACAUCACCACAGCGGAGGUGCAGGAACCCACAGCACUAAACAAGGUCACUCAUUUCUCAAUAGUUGUUACAGCGAAAGACUUCAACCCUGAAAAGUAUGCUGCACUCAGCAGGAUACUCUGCAGGAUGUACAUCAAACAUGGCAGCCCAGUGAAGAUGAUGGAGGCUUAUGUCACCGUCCUCACCAAAGGAAUUUGCCAGAGUGAUGAAAACGGCUCAUUUCUAAUUAAGGACUAUGAUGUUAGAAAAGCAUACUUGGCCGGUUCAGUCAAAGAUGUGGUGUCUCAGUUUGGUAUGGAGACGAUCAUCCUGUAUACCGCUCUCAUGCUGAAGAAGAGGAUUGUCAUCCAUCAUCCUCGGAUUGAAGCGUUGUUGGAGUUUACAAGAGUUCUCCCGACUCUGACGUGGCACAGGAAAGACUGGUCCAUCCUGCACCCGUAUGUGCACCUGACUGAUGCUGAAUUAGAGGAUCUCAAGAAAUGCCCUGGAUAUGUAGCAGGAUUUGUGGAUCCGGAAGUAAGCAACAGAUCGGACUUGUUUGAUGUGUAUGUGAACCUCCCAGACAGUGUCAUCACAGUAUCCCAGAGCGCCAAAGAAGCCAUGGCUAUGGGGAAGUUGCACAAGGACAUUGGCCACCUUAUCGUCCAGUCCGCCGAGGAUACUGAGAGGUCAGACAGUCAGGUCAUCAAGGAUAUUUCCAUCAAGACAAAAGAGAUCCUCGCCAACUUGGUGGCCCUGGCAAAUGAGUGUGACGACUCUAAAAUCACAUUGGAAGGUUUAAAGCAGCAUCACUUCCCUCCGGCGACAGAGAACUUCCUCUUUCAUUUGGCAGCUGCCGAGCAGCUCUUACGGAUAUAGACUUGUUGUCAGAUGCUGUGCUGCAGAAGCAUGGGCUCUGCUGUUGUGCAUAUGUUGGGAUAAUUACUGUUGCCUGAAAGGCUUGUGCACAGUCUCACUGUUAGCAUGAGUGUGUGCACAAGGAACUUUCUCAUGGUGAUCUUUAGGUGAGGUAGGAAAGUGGAAGUGGGAAGUGUGUCACUUGCAUCUUGUACCAAUAGCAGGAUGUUUUAGAACAGAAUAGAAGUAAAGGCUAAGUUUGGCUAUAUAUGGGUGAUUUCAUGUCAUAUCAGAUAGAGGUUUUUGUUUAUGUAUAUGCUAUUUGAGACCCAAAAAAUAAUUUUGUAAAGUAUUUUUUGCUGUAUUUUGAGAAUAGUUUUUUUUGCCACUGGGAAUGCUGUCAUUUUUGUCUCCUAAAAAAAGGUCUUAGGCAGGAAGCCAUUUUCAGGGUUUAAUAUCUUCAGAUGCCUUGAAAUUUGGUAGAGACACAGAUGGACUACAAAAACCUCUGUCUGAUUUGACACAGAAUGACCCAUAUGGGUUUUUUUAUUGCCAACAAAUCCCAUGAAAACACCAAAACAGACAAUGAAUCGAUUCUACUAAGUUUUGUGUCAAGUUAGUCAGUUCUGCUGUCAUAAACGUUCACUACAGCAUGUGGAAGAGAAAAUUGUUUACAGUUCUGCGGCUGGUUCAGAAGAAUUUUUCUUGUUCACAACAAAGCUGUAGACUUCUCUCUAAAGAUCAACAUUCAGAGCAAAGUUUUACACUAUUACAUCAAGGCCAGCUUAAAACAAUGGGUUGUGUGCAGGGCUAAUCAAGAGGUCUGAUUGGCAACAGAGGUAAAUAAAACUCAGGAAGUCCUUAACAGGCUAAAUAGCAAUCCAAUCUGAUUCAAUCUGCCCAGAUCCCCUCAACACCCCGAAGACUGUCUUCCUGCACGAGUAGCUAAAGAAUUACACACAGGGAUCUGUUCAUCAAUGUUAAAUAGCUGGUCUCAGUACAAUGAAACAUCACACAGAACAGCAGGAUCUUAAUCAGUGAGAAGGAAGUACAAUAAAACUGUGAGGUAAUAUAUUUUCCUUUACAAACACCAAAUGCGUGUAAAUCCGCAGCUGAAAAUAGUCCCAAACAAAUGGACUAUUUACUCCUGUUCGAGUUACAUUUGUUAAAAAUGACAGUGCCCAGCUGUUUUGUGGAAUUGCCUUUUUUAUGAAAAUAUUUGAAUAUUUGUUACUUGGAAUUUGGUGACAAUAAGAAAACAAACAAACUAAUGCUAGCCUUGCUCUGUGCUACCUGUAGGUAUAGACACAGAGCUGCAGUAUUUGUGUUACUUUGUGAAAUGGAAACAAAUAAGCUGGUACUUUUUCAGCUGGUACAUCUGGUAGUGCUUUCCAGGAGUUAGCUUCCACUCCACAGUGCAAAGAAACACUCAACAUACAUAAUCAUACAUGUUUUUCCUGGUCCGAAUUAUUGGGUACUCACUGAGAAGAGACCGACAGAUAUAUACAGAUAUAUAUAAAAGAUAUAUACAAACAUACGCAGCAACAGCAGCGGAAACAACUCAGACGUAACAAGCAGUUAUUAUUAAUGAGUGUGUUGAUAGAAACUGCAUCAUGUGUGGUUAUCAGAUCACAACUGCAAUAGAGAUUGCACAACAUGUUUGUUUAUUUUUUAUUUUAACAUUUUGUAUUUUACUAAUGACUUAAAUAGAAGCAAAUUGUGUUGUGUUGUAUGAGGCUUUUUCAUACAGUGUUUUAUAAGAAAAAGUUGAUAGGUAGAAAAAGAGCUGAUCCUCAUCAGUCUGCAACUGAUCAAAUAACGAUUGGUGCUUUCAUGUCCAUGUUGAUUUAUACUGCAUCAUGUGUGUCUUACUGUUGAGGUUCUUUUUUUUUAAUUUGAAUGUAUAGUUAGCGCUGUUGUUUUACAGUCGAGUACAUUUUAACCACAUUGCCAAAAGGAUGGUUUUGUGCCUCAGUAUUUCAGAUAAUACGCAGAGUGCAAUACAUAGAAAUGCUCAUGUAACUUUGAAAACUAAAUGUAU